CUGUCUCUGUGAAUGUUUACAUAGAUGACAUGAUCGCUUUAAGCCUGGUAAUAAUUCCGUUGUUAUCAGGCACCAUCGACCCUGAAGUUGAACUAGUCUGGCACCGCCCAUUAAGCGUAAUAUCCUAGCAACGAGUUCGUCUGUUCUCCUCUCAUUGGUCGAUUUUUGGAUUUCCGCCAUAUUCAAAAAAACAGUCACGCUGCUGCUAUUGUUGUGAGAUAUAUUGCUAUUAUUCUCUUUAACCCUUUCUAUAACAGUAGUAGUUAAAGGUCUAAGCCAUUUCAAAUGGGCGAAACUGCUGAAGUCCAAGCUCCCGUUUCUACCUCAGAGAAACCGAAGAGACAGCCGAGCUCUAGGAACCUGAAGAGGAAGUGUUCAGCUGAUGAAGAAGAGUAUCCCCUGGAGAACAUCAGCAGGAGUCUGCGACGGUCACUGCGAAGAGGAAGCUCCUUCACCUUCCUCACCCCAGGACCACAAUGGGAUUUCAGUCUGAAACGUAAACGCAGAGAGAAGGAUGACAGUGACGCAGUCAGCCUCUGCAGCUUCGACUUCAAGGAACCCAGCAACAAGCGUGUCCGUCCUCUCGGCAGGGUGACGUCGCUAGCCAACCUCAUCUCUCCGGUGAAGAAUGGGGCCGUCCGGCGUUUCGGCCAAACCAUCCAGGCCUCUUUCCGGGGCGAUGGCAAAUCGCCGGGCGUGCCCCAGAAGCCUUGCAGCAAGGCAGCGGCCCCAACACCGCCCAAAAGGAGGAACAGCAUGCUGUGGUCAGAGACGCUAGACGUCCACCAAAAGGGAACUUUCUCCACCAAAGAGAUCAAGAGACAGGAGGCCAUAUUUGAACUGUCUCGUGGAGAACAGGACCUGAUUGAGGAUCUCCAGCUUGCACGCAAGGCGUACCACGACCCGAUGCUGAAGCUCUCCAUUAUGUCAGAGGAGGAGCUCACUCACAUCUUCGGCAACCUUGAUGCCUACAUCCCUCUGCAUGAGGACCUCCUUGCCCAGCUGUCUAAAGCCACAGGACCAGACGGAACUGUGGGCCAGAUCGGACAGAUUGUCGUGACCUGGCUGCCUAGGCUCAACGCCUACAAGGACUACUGCAGCAACCAGUUGGCAGCCAAGGCGCUGCUGGACCAGAAGAAACAGGACCGGCGGGUGCAGGACUUCCUGCAGCGCUGCCUUGAGUCACCAUUCAGCAGAAAGUUGGACCUGUGGAGCUUCCUUGACAUCCCACGCUCUCGCCUGGUCAAGUACCCACUGCUGCUCAAAGAGAUCCUGAAACACACUCCAGCUGAGCACCCAGACGCCGGCAGCCUGGAGGAAGCGAUCACCAUCAUCCAGGGCGUGCUGUCUGACAUCAACAUGAAGAAGGGAGAGUCUGAGUGCCAGUACUACAUCGACAAGCUGGAGUAUCUGGACGACAGGCAGAGAGACCCUCGCAUUGAGCAGUGCAAGAGCCUGCUGUGUCAUGGGGAGCUACGUAACAAGAGCGGCACGAAGCUGCAUGUGUUCCUGUUCACCGAGCUGCUGGUUCUGACCCGCCCCGUCACCAGGAACGAACGCCACUGUUUCCAAGUUUACCGGCAGCCAAUCCCGGUGCAGGACCUUGUGUUGGAAGACCUGCAGGAUGGAGACGUCAGAAUGGGUGGCUCCUUCAGAGGCGCUUUCAGCAACGCAGACAAAGCCAAAAACAUUUUCCGCGUGCGUUCCCAAGACCCGAGCCAGGCGCAGUCACACACACUGCAGGUCAACGACGUCUUCCACAAGCAGCAGUGGCUCAACUGUCUCCGCAGUGCCAUUUCCGUCCACCGCCCCCUCAGCGAGCCCUCCACACCCUCCCCACCUGCAAGCGACGCUCGCUCCAAGCGCCGCCCUUCCUCCGCCUCUGCCAUCAUCCAUAUGGAGGAGACGGACGAAAACUGCCCACAGCCGACCUCCCAGUCCGCCCCCAGCUCGCCAUGCAACAGCACAUCCUCCAGCCCCACCACGACGUCCCCGUCAUCCUGCUCCUCCUCAACAUCAUCUUUGUCGACGUCUUCGACGUCGCCGCUCUGUGCACCCACAACGCAGAAAAGCAAAAAGGACAAGAAGUCUCUGUGUUCUUUAGGGAAGAGGAAAGAGACGAUGGUGUGAACUGAAGCGAAAGGAGAAAAUGGACUCCUGGACAUUUUCCUUUUGUACAUAUAUGUUGAAAACACGUGGAGGAGCGUGGGACUUGUAUUUAUGUGUGUCUGCGUGCGUGCGUAUUAUUACAACAGUGUUCUGUGUUACUGUCCUCUUCGGCAGCUAUUUACCUUACCCCUCUCCAUCCGAGUGCAUCCCACAGAGACACAGUAUUCUGGAGAGAAGCGGCCAGCUUCCACCAGCUCUAAAAAGGGAAGCAUAACGAGAGGCAAACCCACAUUUCACACACAUGAAUCUGUGUGUGUCAUGAGUUUGUUGAUUUUCUUGAAGAUAGAGGUGGUGCGUUCAAUCCUGUUUACUUUUAAUUUGAUAUUUAAACAUUAUUUUAGACCUUUUGGGGGGCUAAUGAAAGAUUUACAUUUUUAUAUUCUAAAAUUUAUUGUAGUAUUUUUUUAGGUAUCAUAAAGCAGCACUGUUUUAGCUUUUAGGUGAAGUUAUUUGAGAAAUUGAGCAUGUUUAGCAGGCGAGAAAAAAGAGGAUCCCCCCAAACGAUGGACUACACAAAGCUAAAAGGGCUAUGCUCUGUAAAAGACUGAUUUUAGAUCAAUCAGAAGAUGUCUUAUUUUUAUACAUUCCUUUAAUGACAGGUGUUAGGAUCAGGAUACCGGUUUAUUUUCUGCAUUUAGUGCAGUCAGAGGCAUUAAUUUAAAUCCAGUAACAGACGAGAAUUCAUGUUCUCUCUGUUUGAACAAAGACAUGAAGUGUAGUGUUUGCAAAUUAUCCGAUGUCUAAAUCACGUCAGAGGAGAGGAGCUUUGUUUUGAAACAAAAUUUUGAUCUGAGCCAUGUUGGUUUUUAAAAGAAAGCUGACUUUUCGGAAUGAAACAUCACUUUUCAGUGUAGCAUCUUGCAUGGAGCUUUAGUUGUGGACACUGCUUGCACCAGUAGAGGCAGCAGGACGUAUUUACCUGUCCUGAGGGACAGCGCAGUUAAACAUGAAAAAGACUGGCUGAGGGAAACGAGAAUGUUGUUGAACGAAGAAGAGAAAAGAGUAAAGAUGGAUAAAGUUUUGGAACUGAAAAAGAUUGUCAAAGCAAGAUGAUAAACUCCAUAAACUUUCUGUAUAAGUUUGUGUGAUAUUCUUGCUCAAAGAUGGACGACAGAUGGUGAAAACCAAGUUUAAACGAUGGAAAAGAGUACGUAGGGGAAGAGAGACAAAUAGAGAAGGUUUCUGUAUGUGUGCACAAGAUGCUAAUGUUGUUGAGAUGGAAAAAGAAAAGAGGAAAGGGCAACCUGUUUGCCACGAACUAUAUGUAAUUAAAAGAACAAUAAAGAUCUGUGUAAGAUUUGCAACUGAA